CACUGCCGGAAAAUCGAUUCAUGCUACCAGCUGCUACACUCGUUCGUAUCCUGACGUUUCUAACUUUUGUUUGAAUAGUAACCUACCUCUCGUGUCCAUUGUUAUAAUGGCUCUACUGGCGGUGAUAGUAAUUAACACGCUCGUUGUAGCUGGCAAACUAAAUCUAGCGGAUGCGAAAGGACCACACCAUCCGGGAGGCGGCUAUUCGGCUAGGAGUCGAAAGCUGGAUGAGCAUUUGCAUGCUCAAGAUAAUCACAUUCAGCAGGAUUUAAAACACCUUUCCAUUGGAGAGGAUGAGCUGGCUAAAAUGUCCGAAGAGGAAAAGAACUUUUAUUUCUUCAAACUACACGAUUCCGACAACAACGAUCAUCUGGAUGGACUGGAAAUCCUGCAUGCUGCCACGCAUCACGCCGACGGUCAUGUUCACAAACUUGAUCGCGAGGAUGAACCUGAUUCUACCGAGAAUUCCGUGAUUGAUGUCAUUGAUGAUUUUUUAGCAUACGCCGACUUGGAUCGAAAUGGUUUACUGACAUACCCCGAAUAUAUGACAGCUAUAAAUAACGAUGAAUGGAAUAAAGUAGUGGAUUCGAAGGAAUCUUCGCUAGAUUCCAGCUAGAUUUAACAAAACGAAUCCUGUUCAUCAUUUGUA